AUGCCCCCACUGGACCAAGCACAGCAAAAACCCAUCAUCAGACCACAUCGAACAAUGAAGGACUCAGAACCAGCCGCCCAAAGCAGUCACCCUUACACCUGUCUAUCAUGUGGACUAGCAUUCACCACCGCACAAACCCAGCGAGCUCACUAUACAACCGACUUGCACAGAUACAACUCGAAACGCUCAGUAGCCGGUCUCAGUCCAGUCGACCUCAAGACCUUCAACCAGAAGUUUAAUAGUAGCACACCUCAAGAAGGACAAGGACCAACUGCCAACACUCAGCAGAACCAUCACUGUCAACCAUGCGGGAAAUCAUUCAACACUCUAGCCGCACUGAACAACCAUCUGGUCAGCAAGAAACAUCAACAGACUGUCAAUCAGCAGCAACCCAAAGAACCACACAACAAUAGCAACAAACAACAACCCAUCCAACCCGAGCAUCCGAUUACCCCCUCAAACUUGUCAGGCGAACAACUGGACAACCUCGAUCUAUCCGAGAAGAUCGUAUUAGAUGCGAUCCCAGCGGAACAGAAGAAGGCUGAUUUGGAGCGGCUAAUCGAGCUGCGGAUCGAACAAGCACCGAAGAUCGAGCCGAACGAGUGUCUCUUCUGUCCCCGCUCGAGCUCGGUUCGAUUUGCCGACCCAGACCAGGCACUAGCACACAUGUUACGUGCACACGGCUUCUUCCUGCCCGACCAGGAAUACCUCGUCGAUAGAUCAGGCCUGCUCGCCUACCUCGCCGAAACCAUCGCCGUCUGGAACGUCUGUCUCUACUGCGGUACUGGCUUUGGUGGUAAAAUCAUGGCUGACCAUGCACCUCAAGACCACGCCACUCUGACCCGCAAAGGGCUCGAAAGCGUCCGUAAACAUAUGUGUGAUAAGAAUCAUUGCAAGUUGGCUUGGGAUACCGAGGAUCAAAGGCUAGAGUACUCGGACUUCUUUGAUUAUCGAGCGUCGUACAAGAAGCUUAAACCAAUCAAGAAUAAAGCCAAGGCGAGCAGGAUCUCGAGUAUGGUUGAGGAGGAUGAGUGGGAAGAUAUGUCGACAUCGGAUGUAUCGAUGGAUGAAGAGGACGAGUUGCUUCCAGAGGACCGACAGGCAACACUAGGCGACUCGGCCUUCGAGUUGGUUCUGCCCAACGGGGUCCGGCUAGGCCAUCGGUCAUUGCGGUACAUCUACAAGCAGAACCUGCUACCGUACGCGGUGGGCUCGCAGUCGACCCAGGCGGGGAACCGGAACAUCAACCUGAUCACCCGGCUCGCCGUGCUCUCAUCUCCUGCCGGUACAUCAUCGGCGCUUAAGGACCAUCCAGAGGUCUCGUCUGCCCUCGCUCACAGACUCGUCGGUCGACCUAACUCCAAACAGUCACUCGCUAGUCAGGCGCUCAUCCCUAGUCGAGGCGCUGGAAUUAACUUUAAUUCUAGAGCAUCCAAGAAUAACCCACAGGACCUCGUCAUCAAGGCUCGUAAUGCAGGUGAAGCUAAGAUGGCUGGACACCAUAUUAGGACCUUCAAGGACGUCCACAAACGUCAACUGUUCCAGACUAGAGUCGGUUGUACUAGCGGGAAUAAUCAAAAGCAUUAUCGGGAUCCUUUGUUACAGUAAUCUGUGCAUCCGCUCAAGUUUCAAUCAAGGUCGUCCAGAGAGCAGACUUGUAACAAGCUGGCACCGUUCUCCGAUACAUUCCUCAACUCUUUCUGUCCAGAUACAAGAGCAUAUAGACUGCUAAACCUACCUUAUCUCAUAUGUUACACUUUUCAAUUAGACUGUCAUUUAUCUGUCUUUUUGUGUUAAUAUUUUUGCCAUAUGUUUUUGUUUUCUGGAUAUCAUGGUUUCACAUAACCAAGAUAGUUGAAUCAGCUGAAUUCAUAGCACUAUCGGUCCACAUUUUAUCCCCUCAUGUUCGGUGUAUGUACGUACAUCUUCAAAUGCAACUGAAACAAAGGACAAUAUAAAUCAGGA